GUAGGACUAUGCACAGUAUGACGGAAGGCAAUUACAUGAAAAAAGAAAUACUAUUGCGAAAGCCCAACGAGCGGGAUCGCAAGUAAAACCCCAGCUAACUUCUGUUUCAUACGCAAGCAUACAAGCGACAAGUUUGACCUUUUUCUCUCCUAUAAUGUCUUCUUUAUCUUCCGACUCCCACAUCCCAAAAACAGGUGACUGUAGCACGCUCUGUUCUUCCAUAUCCCGCUUUCUUGAAUCACAUUCUUCGCUUCAUCUCGGCGGAGACGAAGACUUUCACGCUGAGCGGAGAAAGCAUCUUGAAGUCUUUGGUUUUCACAACAUCCCAGAAGACAAGCAACAUGCCAUUGGGAGAGUAGAAUUCACGGCUGUGCGAGGCCCGCAUGGAACGAUUCCAGUCCGAGUUCUGUAUCCGAAAAGCGAAAAGGCAGAAGGCGAGAAUGGGGCAUGGGUAUAUUUCCAUGGCGGGGGUUACACAGUAGGAAGUGUAGAUGAGUUUGAGAAUGGGUUGAGGCAGGUUGCUGAGGAGAGUGGGGUACAGGUCUAUGCAAUCGACUACCGUCUCGCACCAGAGUUCAAAUUCCCAACCCAACUAGACGAAUACGACACCGUUAUCGAUUGGCUUCAGGGCGGAGGAGGCAAAGCACGAGGCGUUCACCCUGAUCGUGUCUGUGGCGGCGGCGAUUCAACAGGCGGAAACAUGACAGCAGCAAUCUGUCUCCGACGCCGGGAUCAAAAGAAGAAGCCACUGGCAGCUCAGGUCUUGCUCUACCCCGAGGCGCGCCUUCCCUUUGAUACUCCUGCAGCUACUAAAAAUAACAGCGGCUACUACCUCGAAUGCAAUGGAAUCUUCAGUUUCGCAGACCACUACUUGCCGCGUGGUACGCCGCCUUCGCAUCAGUACAUUUCGCCUGGUAUGCAGAGUCUAGAUUAUCUGAAGGAUGUUCCGAGGGCGAGUGUGUAUACGAGUGGCUUCGAUCCGUUAAGGGAUGUGGGUGUCGAGUAUGCGAGUAAAUUGAGAGAGGCUGGGAACGAAGUCAGGUGGAGGCACUAUGGUGAUAUGACGCAUGGGUGGUUGCAGAUGGGCGCUUGGAGUGAUGAAGCAAGGAAGGCGAUCGGGGAUGUAGCAGGAGAUUUGAAAGUAUUCUGUUAUGGAAAGUAG